AGGAUCGAAAAACUUCUGUAUCAUACAAUUGUUCUACCAAAUGAAAAUGUCGCCACCCGCUUUCUGUCAUCGGUUUACUCUCAGCCUCACCCCCACAAUUUCGCUCACCAGGCUGUAAAAUCUUUGUGCUUGAAGGGGAACAUAUGUGUGAGUAUAGCUGCAGAGAUCAUUUCACUCCGCAGAGGUACUGUGAACCUGGCGCUAUGGAUAGGCCCAUCUGAUUUGGACCAAAAAACAAAUCCUCUCCUCAAGCCCUUAGAUGAGCUCGCACUGACAUCACUCUCGCUCAGCAUAUCAUUGUUAUUCAGUCACACUCCAUCUUUCUCACUUUCCACACUUCAAGUCUUUCGUUCUCUGACGCAUCUGGAGAUUCUCAAUCGCUGGAUGCUGUGGAGUUCUACAGUGGGUUUGGAGCAUCUUCAUGGACUGACACAUUUG